UGUUCACCUUAUAGUCAGCAUUAUGGGUGCAAAAUUUCAAUUCGCUAGUCCAAAUGGCCCCAGAGAUAUAUGCAUACGAAAAAAUAGUACUGUUCUAAAACUGCCCAAAACUGCAUAAAUUUUACUUUUCAGAAUAUUUUUAAAACCUUCUAGAAUUGUGAAUUGUUUAUGGAAUUUUAUGUGGGUGGUAUGAAAAUUCUUGGCAUCUAAAUAUGUGGCUUUCGUAAAUAACUCAAAAUUUCCCAAUUUUUUAAAAAUUCAUUUCAUACCAGGUGGAUUUGUACAAAAAAAGCGUGAAUAAAGUUUUUUUUAAUUAAAUGGAAUUUUAUAAAUCACAAUAGUUAAAAUGUUUUUAUAUUUAUAAUUUUAGCAGUUCGAGGAGACAUUACUGAUGGUAAUGCAAACAGAUUUUGGACUACAAAUGUUUAAUUUCGUGUAAUGGAGGGACUUGGGAAAAAUUAGCGAAAUGUUGACAAAUUGGGGGCUGUUAUAACUUUUACUCUGAAACUCUACCCAGCAAUUUUUUAUCAAAAUUUAAACUGCAUUGUGUACUACAGACAUGGGGUCACAGAAUUUGCUGUUUCCUGGCAUUUCUAGCCUAUCAGCAACUGCUCCAUGUCUUUUAACCGGCUAAUUUAUGUCUGAAACAAAAUUCAACAACAUCAUUGUUUUACUGUGGGGUUAGUUGAAGGUCUGAUUUUCACACUAGAGAAUUUAAAUUUUGCACCCAUAAUGCUGACUAUAAGGUGAACAAAUUGUAAAAAUUUGAAUUCAAAAUUUCUACUAGCGCCAAAGAUAUUGAAGGUCAAAAACGUUUUCACGGAUGUGGACUACCCUCAGUAGCUACAUUUAUUAUUAAAGUUUGUCUGUAAUUUGGUUUACGAUAGUUAUCCUGAUUAAAACACGCCAGCGCAUUUUAAAAUAUACGUAAAAUCGGAUAGCAAACAUUAUGCAGACUCUGCAUUGCAGAGAUAAUUGUCUAUGAUUAUUUUGAAAUUACUUAUCUGGAUUUAAAUUCAACGCAGGGUCAAUUUCCUGCAUGACAAGAAUUCACAGUGAACGAGAUGGUUGAUCGUUUCCUGGCAAGAAUGGAAAAUCCGGUGUUGAAAGAGGCUCUCAUGAAUCCUUUGAUUUUGGAGAAGAUAUUCUCCCAUAUGGAUUAUUUCACCUUGAAGGGGUCUGUCCGUCUUGUUUGCACCGUUUGGGCUGACGUAGGUACCACCUUUCUCGGACGGAAAUCCAUCGUCGCUUAUUCCGACUUUAAGAACAGGACGAACUUCCAUGUGUUUGGAUUCCAACAAUUUUUGCAUUCACAAUUGCAAAUGCAAACCAGAAUUAAACGCCUCCAGUAUCAACAUGCCCGAAAUUUUAAACGGCUUGACUGAAUUAUACCUAUCGGCAGGAAGUAAAUUCGCACGUGGUCAGAAAUCGUGCAGAAAAAUCAUGGCUGACUUUCGUAACCAUGUUUCUAUACUGGUUGAAACUUGGGAGGACGAGGACGCCUUUAGAGGGCCAAGAUUCCGACCCCUCCCAAAUCUGAGGGUGCUUCGGUUUAACUUGGGGAAUACAAGAAGUAAUGACUAUCCGUCUGCCGGCCCGAAGGCAAUUUUACAAGAACUACUGAAUUCUACCCCGAAGUUAGAAGAGCUCACGUUAUGUAUGCAUGAAGAGAGUCAGGAUUGGGAAUUAUCUAGCAAAACGUUGAAGAUUUUGAAGUACAGCGUGUGGCUCUAUCCCCACGAAGAAUCAGAUCAUCCCAGGCCUGAGCCUCCUAAAGUUCAUUCUUUCCCCUCAAAAAUAUUGGGAAGAUUUUCCAAGUAUUUGGAAAAGCUUGAAUUAGGUUUUCCUUACUUUGCAGAACCUCAGGGAUAUGCUAAGAUUGUGGACAUUUCCUUUCCGAACUUAACACAUCUUACCAUCCACGAGGGCUAUAAGUAUGAUGUGGACGACUUUCUGGACUCCACUCAUCUACCGAAACUGACUCAUUUGUCAAUUGCUGGAAUGUUGAGCACGAGACAGCUGGGCCACCCAGGGAUAACUUCGCUCGCGUUAGUUAGUGACACAUGUUAUCUCCGUAAUGAAACAGCUGCGUCCGAAAUUGUGGACUUCUUCCCUUCCGUGACCAAGUUUAAGCUAACAUUGGAGGUAAAGCAUUAUACAGGUACAGAGGGGUCCAGGACAAAAUUAGGGAAAACGAUGGUUGCCUUUGGCGCCUGGGCAUUGGCGAAUGGGCAGGUCGUUGUCCAAGGCGUGACACCGGAAGUCGUAGCCGCCAUUUUAGCAGGGCUAACGGAAUGGAGAGGCUUGAAAAACACGUCUAUUUUGUUCAAGACGUCUGAAAAAUUUGACAAUUUUGUACUCACUGACCGUAUAAGAGAUGAACUUGUAGCAUGCAGGGCGAUUCGACAUAUUGAUUUGUCUGGGUUCUCGAUGGAUGAGCAGACACGGAACGAUUUAACGGAACUAAUUGCACGGUGGAAUUUGCCAGUUUCCUGCUAGAUUCGUGUAAUUAAAACGAGUGUAAAUAUAUCUGUAAUGUAUUUUUGGAAAUAUCUACACAACAUUAUAUUAAAGUAAUAUUCGCAGUUAGCACAUUUUGCGUAGUUGCCAAAGAGAAUAUACGGUUACAACCGAGAUAAGAAAGAUGCGAAACCAUGGAACCUGCGUUAUUAGUGGCUAACUGUGCGAUUCUCUUAACUUAAUAUGUAAAAUAAACAUAAAAUUUUAUUAUUUCAAAAAUAAAUAAAUACAAAAUCUAUCGCCUA